AUGGCCAAUGGGACAUCAGUGAGCAACUUCAUCCUUCUGGGCUUCCCAACUCUUCGGAAAUGGCAUCUGUCGCUCUUUAUACUCAUCCUCAUCAUCUACAUUCUCACCAUUGCUGGAAACAGCCUCAUCAUCGUAAUUGUGAAGGUCAGCCAACAGCUCCAUACCCCAAUGUAUUUUUUCCUUAGCAACCUCUCAUUCCUUGAGAUCUGGUACACGACGACUGUCAUCCCUAAGAUGCUGGAGACCUUUCUGACAGCCAGGACAACCAUCUGUCUUCGUUGUUGCCUGAUGCAAUCCUUCUUCCAUUUCUUCCUUGGCAUCACUGAAUUUCUCAUCCUCACUGCCAUGUCCUUUGACAGAUACAUUGCCAUUUGCAAGCCUUUGCAUUACACGACCAUUAUGAGCAGACAACUCUGUUCUUUACUGGCCUUAGGAUCCUGGUCACUGGGAUUUGUGGUUAUCUUCACCCAGGCAGUUUUGCUCCUGAAGCUGCCAUUUUGUGCUGGAAACAUCAUCGACCAUUACUACUGUGACAUCGGACCUAUUCUGAAAUUGGCUUGCACUGACACUGACCUGGUUGAAUUCUUGGGUUUGUUGGGAACGGUAACCAUAAUCCCCAGUUCUUUUCUGUUCACGGUGGUUUCCUACAUCUACAUCAUCUCCACCAUCCUGAGAAUCCCCUCCAGCAAGGGACAACAAAAAGCUUUCUCCACCUGUGCUUCCCAUCUCACAGUGGUCACCAUUCUUUACGGAGCUGUUCUCUUCAUGUACUCAAAACCCACAGCACACUCCUCCUUCAGCUUCAACAAAGUGGUCUCAGUUCUCAACACGGUGUUGACCCCACUGCUGAACCCUUUCAUUUAUACAAUACGGAACAAAGAAGUGAAAGCAGCUUUGAAGAAAGUUAUAGCCAAGUGA